UAUUUAACACACCCACCCUCGAUCUCACGCUGGACAGACAGUGGUUCUCUUUUUCCUCGCGCAAAAGCCACAUAUUCGAGAGAGAAAGCGAAUCGGCACCUGUCCGAAUUAUUUAUUUGAUUUGUCUCGUUUUGGUUGUUUUGUAUUGCCUGUCGUUAUUCCGGAUUUGUUGUGUGAUCAUUGACAUAUAUUUCAUACUGGGUCGCUUACUGUGCAAUAGGCUAUAUGUGAACUAAUUCACUUAGCCUACACUUUUUUGUAUUUUAUUUUUACCUGCGGCGCUUUUCAACGUUGGUUCGCCGUUUAUCGUGGCAAAGGAGGAAUCUCAAAUAGUAUUUUAUUUAUUUAUUAUAUUUUGACAUUGGUGAAUAGCGCUCUCUGCGCGUUUCCUAUCCCGGACUGGACCAAUGCGUUGCCCGUGGCCAGCGGAUCCACGAUAGCCUCGUUUCUCACACCGCAGAGUUCACGCUCAACGGCCGGACGGAUGUGUGCCAGCAGACCCCGCGAACACACACCUCUGAUGGAUCAUUUAUCUACCGUUUUUGAGCUUUUAUUUCGGGCCCCUUGCACUUUCUUUAUACCUUAUGUUGUGCAUAAAGCCUUGAGGUCGGACUCGGAUCUAUAGAGCAGAAAGCAGUUUAGAUAAUGCCGCUUGCUCAACUUGACCGUUGGUCUGAACCGAAUCGACCUGUUUUACCUGGGCGCAUGCGGAGAAUCCUCUCGUUCUGAAUCACAAAAGGAGCCUUCUAUGUGGUUGGGAAUACAAAAGUUGAACACUGAAAACUUUAGUCUACUCAAGACGGCUAUAAGUGAAGAUGGUUUCGUGUUCAACGUGUAUUUCAUUAAAUUGGCAUCCAGCGUAAUAAACAUAAUCAGUGAUGUAGUGAGUCUGUUCAUAUGCGUGCUCAUCAUUUGCAGUAAAUACUCACAACAGCUCAAACAGAGGACUAUGAAGAUGCUACUCUUCCGUAAAUUCCGGGUUUUGAUUCUCAUGGUGUUUCUAAUCGCCUGCUCGAUGCACAUCUUGAUAGACUUGUUACCAAAGCUGGAGAGGCGCGGCAACACCGGCUGCUCCUGCUCGCACACGCCGAGCGAGGGCCCUCAGAACUGGGCUAAACACCGAGCCAGGUCGGGAGUGGAGUCGGGCUGGCCUAACAAACACACUCUGAGAAUCCUCCAGGACUUCAGCAAUGAGCCAAACUCUAACAUCUCUUCCCAUUCUCCGGAGAAGAUCCCCAAAGCGGGGGAUAAAACGGAAGCCUUUAUACGGCCUGAAGAUUAUGCGCAAAAUGGUGACAAAAAUAGACGGUUUAUACCGGACACUGUGCUCAACAAAAACGUACCUGUCAAAGGUUCAAGGUUGCGGGCGCUGUUUGACCACCCAUUAUUUAAGAGAGCCUUACCAUCUCUGACCGACGAGGACACAUUGUUCAAUGUCAACACAGACAUCAGAUUUGACACCAAAGGCGCCACAGAGAAUCAGGAAUGGCAUGCUGAGCAGAACGUGGAGGAGUACUCUCCGACAGGAGGGGAGCUGACGGUUGACUCCUACCCCAACUGGCUCCGCUUCCACAUAGGGAUUAAUCGAUAUGAGCUCUACUCCAGACACAACCCAGUCAUCGAUGCCCUCCUCAGGGACUUGGUCUCACAGAGAAUCACCAGCGUUGCCAUGAAGUCUGGAGGCACACAACUAAAACUCAUCAUGACGUUCCAGAACUACGGACAGGCUCUGUUCAAACCUAUGAAGCAGACUCGGGAGCAGGAGACGCCCCCUGACUUCUUCUACUUUUCGGACUUUGAGAGACAUAAUGCUGAGAUCGCUGCCUUUCAUCUGGACAGGAUCCUGGAUUUCCGCCGUGUCCCUCCUGUAGCCGGUAGACUAUUGAAUAUGACUAAAGAGAUCAAGGACGUGACCAGAGACAAGAAGCUGUGGAGAACCUUCUUCAUCUCACCAGCCAACAACAUCUGUUUCUACGGGGAGUGUUCGUACUACUGCUCUACGGAGCAUGCUCUGUGCGGUAAGCCAGACCAGAUCGAGGGUUCUCUGGCUGCCUUCCUCCCAGACCUGGCCCUGGCAAAACGCAAGACCUGGAGAAACCCCUGGAGACGAUCCUACAACAAACGCAAGAAAGCAGAGUGGGAGGUAGACCCUGACUACUGUGAAGAGGUUAAACAGACCCCUCCCUACGACAGUGGCACCCGUCUAUUGGACAUCAUGGACAUGACCAUCUUUGACUUCCUCAUGGGCAACAUGGAUCGUCAUCACUAUGAGACAUUUGAGAAGUUUGGCAACGAAAGCUUCAUCAUCCAUCUCGACAAUGGGAGAGGGUUUGGAAAGCAUUCUCAUGACGAGGUGUCUAUUCUGGUGCCUUUAAGCCAAUGUUGCAGAGUGAAGAAGUCGACCCACCUGCGUCUGCAGCUGCUGGCGAAGGAGGAGUACCAGCUGAGUGGUCUGAUGUCUGAGUCUCUGCUGAGGGACAAACUGACACCCAUUCUCAUCCAGCCACACCUGAAGGCUAUGGACAGACGACUACACCACACACUCAACGUCCUGGCAGACUGCAUCGUGAAGGAGGGCUAUAGUAAUGUUGUGGAGGAUGACCUGGCAGGGGAGAGGGAGUGGGGGCACACAUCACCCAGGGGGAGGUAGCUGCGAGGCCUGAACCGUUCUAGAAUAGACUAGACUGGAUUGGACUGAAUCGCACUGGCCGGAACUAGGGUGGAUUGGACUUAACUGGACUGGAUUGAACAAAUGUGGACGCUAUCACCAUAGGCCCCUUAUUGCCCACCACAGCGCUACAGACCAUGAAAGUCUUGAGAGAUGUUUGUCUUGUUCAGAAGAGAUUUUUGAAUUCAGUGAAUUCCAAGACUGAUAUUAUUCCUUCUGUUGUCACCUGAAUCAUGUGUGUUUAUACGCAUUGUUGGGACCUGUCAAAUGCCUGUAAACAACAUGCCUAUUGGAGGAGAUCGACUCUGUCUUAAUUAAGAAAAAUGUUUUAUUGCUAAUUGUUUAAUUACUUCUGUUGUUUUACGUUGUUGUCGAUGUGUUUUUUUAUAAAUAUAUUUGAUUGGAGUGCCGGUUUACUGCAAAUUGUGUCUUCUGCUUUUCAUCUUUCAAAUGCAACCUGUUCCGAGAGUAUUUAUUAGUUACCCCUGCCACAAAGUGGUCACAGUUCAACGUUUGUCAGGUAGAGGGUAGCACUAGUGCGUCUACAAAUAGCAAUGUCCUUUGUCAAUAAAUUUGAACUUUUUGUUCAAUGUUAGUGGAAAGGAAUCUGAAUCGCUUGUGGAUUCUGUUUGAACUGUGUCAAAACCUAACCAGGGUACAGUAGGCUGAGUCCAAUUUAGGCUCUUUUGACUUUUCAAGAACUGCACCAGUCCAGAGCUGUAUCACAAUUCACAGACCCAUUAAUCAUUGGUGGAACUAAAUCAAAUCAAAAUGUAUGUUCAAAUCUAUGUUUAUAUUACCACAAUUAUUCAGAUUAUUCCUUUGUACUUUUGUUUCUUAUUUUUCUUCUGCUUGUAGAUUAUUUUAUUGAUUUGAGGAUGAAGUUAAGAUUUAAAAGUAGUCCUCUAUUAUGGUACUAAGAAGCUAAACGUGACACCAGGGUUUUGUAUGAUGAUGGUUCCUUUAGAGUGUGAUGAAUGUCUGAUGUCCAGAUGGAAAUGUGGUCUACAGAUAUUCAGGAUGUACAUUUCUUAACUUUCAAAUGACAGAUCUGCUUUGCUGGAGAAAACAUUUCAGUUAUUGCUACUUAAAGUCAAUAUAUAGAUCAUUGGAGGCUGGUGGGAGGAGCUAAAGGAGGACGGACUCAUUGUAAUGGCUGGAAUGGAAUAAAUGGAACAGUAUCAAAAACAUUAAACAUAUAGAACCCACAUUUCUGACUCCAUCUAUUCCAUUUUCAGCCAUUACAAUGAGCCCAUCCUCCUAUAGCUCCUCCCACCAGCCCCCACUGCAGUAGAUAAACCUAGUGCCUGUGCAAUGAUAGAACUACUUGAACGUUUGGGAUCAUUACUAAGAGAGUAAUUGCAGGAAAAUAUGAAUUCCUGAUAUAAAGCUAUAUACAUUAGGUGGGGAGUUCUGUGAGUAUACUCCAUCCAUCCCAUCCUGUUUUUAUCUGUGUCUCCUUAGGUCUGUCUGGUUGAUACUGUAUGUAUGGACGGUUUAUGUGGAGGUUUGUAAAGGUGCAAUUAAACAAGAUGUGCAUUUAAA